AUGCCCAUUCAGGACAAAUCCUCUCAAGAAGAUGAAGAUGUAGAGGAGGGCAAUGCCAGUGCUCAUAGCAUGCGUCGCCAGUUCUCCGUUUGGUCUUUGGCAGCCCUUUGCCUUUGUUUGAUGGCCACUUGGGAGGCUUUGUCGACUGUUGUCACGACAGCCCUGGCGAAUGGAGGUGCUCCAUGCUUUUUUUAUAACUAUAUUCUGAGUUUCCUUGCCAGCGUCGCGGUGGCAUCGUCUCUUGCUGAGAUUGCAUCUUCUUAUCCAACGGCAGGAGGACAGUAUCAUUGGGUGGCUUUGUUGGCCCCCUCACGAACGAGUGCCCUUGCCUCUUGGUUCACUGGCUGGAUAUCCUGCGGCGGCCAAAUCGUACUUACUGCAUCAGCUGCUUUCGCUGCUGGACUGGAGAUGCAGGCUCUUAUCACAGCGAAUCAUCCGGAUUCAUAUCUGCCUCAAAGAUGGCAAGGGAUGCUUUUUUACUGGCUAGUUCUUGUAUAUGCCAUGGUCGUCAACAUGUGGGGAUCCAAAAUACUACCUCACACGAAUAUAGUAUCUGGUGUCAUUCACAUAGUAGCAUUCAUCGCUAUCGUCGUUGUACUUGGAGUUAUGGCUGAAAAAAACGAUUCGUAUUUUGUAUUUGCUCAAGUUACAAAUACCAGUGGAUGGAAAAACGAUGGGAUUUCGUGGCUUGUGGGCUUGCUUAGUACAGUAUAUCCAUUCCUAGGAUAUGACAGUGCAACCCAUUUAGCCGAGGAAAUGAAACACCCAGCACGCGAUGUUCCCCUUGCAAUGGUUCUGAGUGUGGUCAUCAACGGCAUCAUGGGGCUUGGAUACUGUGUCAUUUUGCUAUAUUCCAUGACCAACCUGGAUGAAUUGCUGGCUUCUCCCACCACAUUUCCCUUUAUCCAACUCCUUCUUAACGUGACUUCUAGUAAAGUUGGGGCAACCUUGCUUACUAUUAUCUGGGCAUCAAUUCCGGUCGCGGCAACAGUGGCAGGUACGACUUCGACAUCGCGUACAGUGUGGGCUUUUGCUCGGGAUGAUGCUAUUUUCUGUUCGGAAUACUUCUCACAUAUCGAUACCCGUCUAGCUGUACCGGCUCGGGUAGUCGUUCUCAUUACAAUCUUGGAGAUGCUACUGGGCCUAUUGUACCUCGCAAGCUCAGCUUCAUUUAAUGCCGUUCUUUCCAUGGCAAUCCUCGGAAUGUACGCGUCGUACAUCUUGCCAAUAAUUUACAUGUUGUUAAAUGGCCGCAAAGAAGGGGUUCGUCGCCCGGGUCCAUUCAGUCUCGGUCGCAUAGGCGGGAUCACUAUCAACCUGAUUGCAACAAUAUGGCUGGCAUUUGCUAUGAUUUUCAGCAUGUUUCCUAAUUACCAACCGGUGACACCACAAAACAUGAAUUACAGUGUUGUCGUCAUGGGUGCAUGGUGUCUUCUUGGGGGGGUCUACUAUUUUGGCUUUGGUCGAGGGAAGUAUUCGGGGCCAGCUAUUGAGGUGCUUGAAAUGGUGGAAUGA